CAAACUCCGGAGGUAGCUCUUUUGCUUUCGAUCUUACGCUACAAUUGAAUUAAAAAUCUAAUCUUAAGUCUUUCUCUUUCUCUAGAAUAAAAAUCUCCACAAUAAUAAAUGAACUGAACUGUUCAUUUGAAGGAGGAGGAGGAAAGUAAGAAGAUAAUUGAUCGAAAGAUGGUCGAAACAGCGAACCACCAGCAUGCACUGCCGGCUCAGUCGGCGCCACCACCACGACCACCUACAUCUCUUGCAGUUACAAGGGGUCCCACUUGGACUCCGGCCGAGCAACUUCAACAACUCCAGUACUGCAUCCACUCCAAUCCUUCUUGGCCCCAGACAGUCUUACUGGCUUUCCAACACUAUAUUGUAAUGCUUGGAACUGCUGUCUUGAUUGCCAGUGCACUUGUGCCUCAGAUGGGUGGGGACAAUGGUGACAAAGCCCGAGUGAUUCAAUCAUUGCUGUUCAUGUCAGGAGUGAAUACACUGCUGCAAACACUUUUCGGCACAAGGCUUCCUACGGUGAUGGGUCCAUCAGCUGCUUUCACCCUGCCAGUAUUGUCAAUCAUCAAUGAUUACUCUGAUAGGACGUUCACAUCCGAGCAUGAGAGAUUUCUCCAUACCAUGAGAACUAUACAAGGAUCAUUAAUUGUCUCUGCAUUUCUCAACAUCGUGCUUGGAUAUAGUCAGGCUUGGGGUAAUCUAACAAGAUUAUUUAGUCCCAUUAUCAUCGUUCCAGUGGUUUGUGUAGUUGGUCUUGGUCUGUCCAUGAGGGGCUUCCCACUGCUUGGUAAUUGUGUGGAAAUUGGCCUGCCUAUGCUGAUUCUACUAGUUUUUUGCCAGCAGUUCUUGAAGCGCAUCCAUUCGAAGGCUCAUUUCAUAGUUGAGAGGUUUGCUUUGCUUUUCUGCAUUGCAAUUGUUUGGGCUUUUGCUGCUAUCCUCACUGUUGCUGGUGCUUACAACAAUGUCCCAGAGCGGACUAAACUGAGUUGCCGGACAGAUGGUUCUCACCUUAUGUCAUCUGCUCCUUGGAUUAAGUUUCCAUACCCAUUUCAGUGGGGUACUCCAAUAUUCAGAGCAAGCCAUGUCUUUGGGAUGAUAGGAGCAGCACUUGUUUCAUCCGCAGAGUCAACUGGAACAUUUUUUGCGGCAUCACGGUUUGCAGGUGCCACUGCCCCCCCAGCACAUGUCCUCAGCCGAAGUAUUGGCCUCCAGGGUAUUGGCAUGCUGAUUGAAGGGAUGUUUGGUUCUAUUGUUGGUACCACUGCAUCUGUGGAAAAUGUUGGCCUUCUUGGACUGACGCACAUAGGCAGCAGAAGAGUGGUUCAGAUUUCAACUGCUUUCAUGAUCUUUUUCUCCAUAUUUGGGAAAUUUGGAGCCUUCUUUGCAUCCAUUCCUUUACCAAUAUUUGCAGCCAUAUAUUGUGUUCUAUUAGGAAUUGUUGCUGCUGUUGGGAUUACUUUCAUUCAGUUUGCUAAUAAUAAUUCCAUGAGAAACAUCUACGUUUUGGGUGUCUCUCUGUUCCUUGGCAUAUCAAUUCCUCAAUACUUUGUCUUGAACACCACUCCGAAUGGUCAUGGACCGGUAGGAACGCCUGGGGGAUGGUUUAAUGACAUAUUGAACACAAUCUUCUCAUCACCUCCAACUGUUGCAAUGACCGUUGGGACACUGCUUGAUAACACACUUGAAGCAAGGGAGACAGCCGUAGACAGAGGACUUCCUUGGUGGAAACCAUUCCAGCACAGGAAGGGAGAUGUCAGAAAUGAGGAGUUUUACAAUUUCCCUCUCAGAAUAAAUCAGUACAUUCCUACUAGAUUUAUGUGAUUACACACUUAAAACUAGCUACUUUUAUAUUAAUUAUGAUGCUAUAAGUAACUUUCAUGUUUAUAUGCAAGUUGAGUUGAGUUGAGAUAUGAUUUAUAUGAGAAAAAAGAAAAAGAAAACCUCCCAUGUCCCAAAAGGUUUUUCCCAGUAGCCUUCUGAAUCUGAAGGUCCUUUGGGCACGGGAGUGUUUGGCCAUCACUAGAGGUUU